AUGUAUAUUUUCUUUGCAGAUUUGGGCUCUGGAGAUGAAAAAGUGAAGAAAGUUGAUGUAAAGAAAUUCUUGACACCAGGAUAUUCCACCUCGGGCCAUGUGGAGCUCUAUACAGUGAGUGUGGAACGGGGAAUGUCAUGGGAGGAUGCCACCCACAUCUGGGCCGACCAGAAUGGACCGGAUGAUGGCUUUUACGUACAGGUGCGAAAUAACAAGAAAAUCUCCAUCCUGGUAAAGGAGGUCAAUCCCAGAAAGAGACUCUUUAUGGUGUACAGACCAAAUAUAGGAAAACAAGUUAAACUGGAGACCUAUGCAGACAUCAAGAAGAGAAGUAAAAAGGUAUUACAUUACUGCAGUUUUAUUAAGGUUUUUGGUUUAUCAUUGGGGUCAAAUUUACCAGCCAUGAAUCUUUUUAAUCAGCCGGUUCGUGUCCAAAGAGGACUCAUUGCCAAAGCAGCUAUAGAAUCAGAGCUCUGUGCGUCAGGAAACAGCACUGAGAGGGGCGAAACUGGACGAUAUUUGAUAAUAAAUUGCAGAAACUCGUUUUCUUUUUUCUUCUCAGGUCUGAUCAUUCCUACCAACUGCGUGUCGCCCCUGAUCAACAUUCUGUCGUCAUCGGAUCAGUCUCAGCAGCUGGCUGUGCAGCAGCAGCAAAUGUGGCAGCAACUCCAUCCGCAGAGCAUCAGCCACACCGUCAACACAUAGCGUGACACAAACACCCCUCACUUUCGGGCAGAUGCGGCAUCGUAAGCCAGCCAGCCACCCUUCCUCUCCCGGCACACCAUGAGGAAGACAGUGCUUGUGUCGUAUUUAAUAUUUCAGGGUUCGUGUCCAAAGAGGACUCAUUGCCAAAGCAGCUAUAGAAUCAGAGCUCUGUGCGUCAGGAAACAGCACUGAGAGGGGCGAAACUGGACGAUAUUUGGUCAGUCUGUUGCCUUUUCACAACCUCCAGUCUGCUAAAUCAUGGCCUGUGCUUUCCAUCGACAUAAGUGGCUUUAUGAAGUCACAUACACUACGUUGUACACAGGACAGCGCUCAGGGGUUACUCACAAUCUAGUUUCUUUUCCAUUUCUAUUUUUUCGUCUCGCACGGCCGCCAUCUGUCCCCACCUUCAGCCUUCUGACCCAGCAUGUCUUGGGCAUGACGCUGCUUGUUUACCACUUAAUACAGAACCUGAUUUAAAAGCAGGAAUGCGAUGGGUGUAAGCGGCGCAAACCCAACCCUAAAGACCUUAUCGAGACGUUGCAUGGUUUGACGAACCCUUUGGAUUUUUAGUUUACGGAAGCGGGUCAGCAGGUUUUCACUGCUUUCCAGUGUUUCAGUUUGAGUGUGAUUUGUAAACUGGAGUGUCCUCUACAAAAGGCCACAUCAAUCAAUGCUUUUGCUCAAUUUUUCUAUUUCUUGCUUUUAAUAAUUUGCCGUCACUCUUGUUAUUGGGGACAAAGAGCUCCCGAACCUCAUUUCUGCUGUAAAUGCUGGACUUUGACACAUGCUCGGUCUCUCUACUAUAUCUCGAUGUAUAGUUGCAUAUCUCAAAUGUCAUGUUUUUGCUGAAUUGUAGAUGUAGCAGCAAUCUAAAGACAAUGUCAUUCAUCCUUGCACGAGUUGCACUACUGAUGGAUCUGUUGUACAAAGAAUCUAUGGAAAACUUUAACUGAUCGCAAGAUCUCUACUCUUGCAUUUGACCAAUAAAUCUUGUGGAUUACCUCGA